AAGGAAAAGUGUGGCAACAUGCUACAUGACGAGGUUGAAUUGUUGUCUGUCAGUGCACGGCAAUUCACUGCUCCGGGUUUACAUUUUCGUACAAUAUAAAAAAAAAACUUAGGCCACCAACUUAGACUACUAGACGCAGUUCUCAGUUUUUCAUCAUGGCUCGUCGUUAUGACACUCGUACAACCAUUUUUUCACCUGAAGGUCGACUGUAUCAAGUCGAGUAUGCUAUGGAAGCCAUUGGCCAUGCCGGAACUUGCCUAGGCAUUCUAGCCUCAGAUGGUAUUGUGUUGGCAGCAGAGAGGCGUAACACAAAUAAACUACUUGAUGAAGUGUUUUUCUCUGAAAAGAUCUAUCAGCUUAAUGCUGAUAUGGUAUGCAGUGUUGCAGGGAUCACAUCUGAUGCUAAUGUCCUAACAAAUGAACUUCGACUCAUUUCACAACGCUACCUUUUGCAAUAUGGAGAAUCUAUUCCAUGUGAACAACUAGUUUCCUGGUUGUGUGAUGUCAAACAAGCUUACACACAGUAUGGUGGAAAGAGGCCAUUUGGUGUGUCACUUCUUUAUGCAGGGUGGGACCACCAGUAUGGAUUUCAGCUGUAUCAGUCAGAUCCAUCAGGAAAUUAUGGUGGAUGGAAAGCCACCUGUAUUGGAAAUAACAGUGCUGCUGCAGUGUCAAUGCUAAAACAAGAAUACAAGGAAGGAGAAACUAAAAUUGACGAUGCUUUGGCUUUGGCUAUCCGUGUUAUGAGCAAAACCAUGGAUGCCACUAAGCUUACUCCAGACAAACUGGAACUGGCUACUCUCACACGACAUGAUAACAAGACCUAUAUCAAAGUUCUCCCCGUCGCACAGGUCAAAACUCUGAUUGCCGAUCACGAGAAAAAAGAAGCUGCUGAAGCAGCAAAAUCCAAACCUCCUCCAGCCUAUAACCCACCUGCUUAUAGUUCUCCAGCCUACACUCCAACAGGUGUUGAAACUCCUGCUUACACAGAAUCACCGGUUUACAAGCCACAAGUGCACUCACCACUGGCCUACCCUUCUCCGGCAUACAGCGAGGCACCACCAUCGGAGCCUGAAUAUCCUUACAAACACAUACCAGAAACAAAUAAUGGUGUCAACAAGGGAAUUUCUUUUAACAAUGAUUUCCCAAAGUUUGAUGACUUCAUUCAACAUGUUGAGAACAUCAAAUUUGAUAAAUUUAAGAUCUAGGUUACGAAAAACAUAAUGCCUAUGUAUCAUAUAAUCAUAUGCAUCAUAUAACAAGUUGAACCAAAAAUUCACUCUGCAAUUUAUCAAUUGACUUUUUUAACAUAUUUUACUUUGUUUAAAUUGCAAUCUAGGAUUUCUUCCAUCGCUCCAUCGCUUCACUGUUAUUUCAAAUGAUACUUGAAAAAAUUUGUACAUCUAUGUUUAUCGAGUAAACAUGUGUGUCUACUAAA